AUGCCUGCAGGCACAGGCUCAUACACGCCACUUGAUCCUGCUGGCGCAGGCACCAAUGCGCCAUCAUCCCAGCCCAAGAAAGUCGCAUAUUUCUACGAUUCAGAUGUCGGAAAUUACGCCUACAACGCUGGCCAUCCCAUGAAGCCGCACCGCAUCCGAAUGGCGCAUUCGCUCAUCAUGAACUAUGGCUUAUAUAAGAAGCUCGAGAUCUAUCGCGCCAAGCCAGCCUCGAAGUACGAGAUGACACAAUUUCACACGGACGAGUACGUCGAUUUUCUGCAGCGCGUGACUCCGGACAACAUGGACAACUUCAUGAAGGAGCAGGGCAGAUAUAACGUUGGCGACGACUGUCCGGUCUUCGAUGGACUGUUCGAGUUCUGUGGAAUCAGCGCUGGAGGCAGCAUGGAGGGCGCCGCAAGAUUGAAUCGCGGAAAAUGCGACAUCGCCAUCAACUGGGCUGGCGGUCUGCAUCACGCGAAGAAGAGUGAGGCUUCGGGUUUCUGUUAUGUCAAUGGUAAGUAAGGUGCGACAUUUCGCACAUGGCGGCAUGCUAACCUACUCACACAGACAUUGUGCUUGGCAUUCUCGAGCUCCUCCGAUUCCAUUCACGUGUCCUUUAUAUUGACAUUGACGUUCACCAUGGGGAUGGUGUCGAGGAAGCUUUCUAUUCCACCGACCGUGUCAUGACCGUAUCAUUCCACAAGUACGGCGAAUACUUCCCUGGAACCGGUGAACUUCGCGAUAUCGGCGUGGGCCAGGGCAAGCAUUACGCCGUGAACUUCCCUCUGCGCGACGGCAUCGACGACAAGAGCUACAAGAGCAUCUUCGAGCCUACCAUAGGCUGGGUCAUGGAGUACUACCAGCCAACAGCAGUCGUCCUGCAGUGCGGUGGUGACUCGCUAUCGGGAGACAGACUUGGCUGCUUUAACUUGAGCAUGCGCGGCCACGCAAAUUGCGUCAAUUACGUCAAGAGCUUUGGUCGGCCAACUCUUGUCUUGGGAGGUGGAGGCUACACCAUGCGAAAUGUUGCGAGAACGUGGGCAUACGAGACUGGGCAGCUCGUUGGAGUCGACAUGGGCCCUGAUCUUCCUUUCACCGACUACUACGAAUACUACUCACCCGAUUUCGAGCUCGACGUCAAGCCAAGCAACAUGGAUAACGCCAACUCGUAUGAAUACCUCGAGAAGAUCAAGUCACAAGUACUGGAGAACCUCAAGCGGACGACUCAGCACGCACCAUCAGUGCAGAUGCAUGAUGUCCCACGUGAGCCCUUGGGCAUGCACGCCGCUGGACCUGAUGGCGAAGCGGAGACCUUCGACGAGCAAGAAGACCGACUGGAUGACGAAGAGGCAGACGAGGAGGCAAACAAGGACCAGCGCUACACUCAACGCGCAUGGGACAGAAAGGUAGAGCGGACAGAUGAGUUCUACGACAGCGAUGACGAGGAGAUGGCCGAAGCACACGGACUCCGACCACAAUCACGCCCUCAAAAGAGGAGCAUCAUGGAUCAUCCGAACCCUCACGCUCCUGUCGAUGACAGUGGCGCCAAUACUCCCAUGGACGACGAUGCUCGGAGUUUGAUUGGAGAUGCCGAGGAACCUGCAGCAGGAGAACCGAACGGGUCUACAGCGAUGCAAACUGAGAGCGCAAACCAAGCCAACGCUGCGGUUUCAGAAGCACUACUGUCGGCAAAAGCGAGCAAAAGUCCAGCACCUGCCGACUCUUCAACGACGCAGACAAAGGUCGAAACAGCAAGUAAUCAGAGCGAAGGUGGCGCCGAAGAUGUAGCUGACGAGGAGGCCGCCGAUGAUGAAAUGCAAGUCGACAAGGAAGACACCACAGCGGGACCUGCUGCCGGGCCGAGCGGAGGUGCUGCGCAGCAGACAAGUACGCCGCCGAAGUCUCCAGCACAACCUGCGACAACCGCUGAGACCACCGAGCCUGCUACCAAUUCAACGGCCGAGGACGUCGAAAUGGCGGAAGAUGGCGAUGAUGCCGACAAGGAGGCUCAGAAGGAACAAGCUAAGGUGGAGCGGGAGAUCGAAGACGCCAAAGGCGAGGCCACAACGGAAAUGGAAGGCGGUGGCCACAACAUCGGCGGCGGUCCUGCAGUCUGA